AUGAGUCAAGAUAAUCAUUUAUCUUCAUUGGAUAUUGACAAAAUUGCUCGACUUUUCGACAAACCAGAUGUCGUUCAAGCAUUGAUACUGACAGGUAGCUAUGCACGUAAUGAAGCAGGUCCAAAUAGUGACAUUGAUCUUAUACGUUUUGUCAUUUCUGGAGCAAAAUUAUCAGAUGAUGGAACACAUUUAUAUGAGAAAAAAAUGCUUAUUAAUAUAUUAACAGUAGAACCAGAUGAAUAUGAAAAAUGGUUUACUGAUCCUUAUCAAGCUACAAAAUGGAUAGCAGGAAUACGAGUAGCACGUGUAAUUAUAGAUCGUGAAGAUUUUUUUACUAAUGGAUUACAAAUUCGUGCUCAUAAUUUUACUUGGGAUACGACAAUCCAAAAUCAUGCUAAUAUUGAAGCCAGUCAUCGAAUGGUUGGUUGGUGUGAAGAAGCAAAUAAAGGUUUGGAAGGUCUGCGACGUAAUGAUGUUGGUCGUUUUCUUAAUGCAUGCCAUGGCUUAUCAUGGGGUUUAUCAGAAGUUAUACAAAUUCAACACGGUAUAUUAGUAUCCAGUGAUAAUAAUGCUGUUAUUGAAAUCGAAUCAGCAUUAGGUGAUAAUAUACAAAUGAUUAAACUUCGUCGUAUUGCGUUUGGAGUUAUAGGAACUUAUUCAUUACGGCAACGAGUUAUAGCUGGAUUACAAUUAUUUGUAUUACUCGCUGAACAGAUGUCGAAUAUUUGGCAAGCAAAUGAUGUUCAAAUUAUUGACUAUACUGCUGAUCAAAUACGUAGUUUUGUUCCAAAUCUGUUUUCAGAAAAGUUUUUAGAUGAAUAA